UAAUGGAUACACUGCGCCGAACUGAUUUUACGAGAUUGGAUCGUGCAGAGGAAACUUACGUGGAUUACAUGGGUGGCGCGUUGUAUCCAGAUAGCCUGGUCCGGGCCCACAGCACUUUCCUCACCCAACACAUUCUGGGAAACACCCAUUCGUCCAGCAAUAGCUCCAAACUUUCAUCAGGGCAUGCCGAAGAAGCACGGAAAGCCGUCCUAUCAUUUUUCAAGGCACCCCCAGGCUACACAGUUAUAUUUACUCCCAAUGCCUCUGGAGCAUUGAAGUUGGUUGGAGAAUCAUAUCCGUUCGUUGAAGGGAGCAGUUACGUUCUUGGUGCAGAUUCUCACAACAGCGUACAUGGCAUCCGCGAGUAUGCAUCGCGAAAUGGUGCGCAAGUGGACUAUAUCCCUUCCACAAACACUGGGGGCUUUCUUAUUUCUACCGCACAGGUGACUAGGACAAUCUUGUCACGAAACAGACCGAAAUCGCAGGAUAAUUUCCCAU